AUGAGGAAGAAGGCUGGCAACGCAUUUGAACGUGAUUUCUUCAAACUACUCAAUAACGCGGUGUUUGGGAAAACUAUGGAAUGUGUUCGGAACCGCAUUUCCAUGGAAUUGGUUUCGUGUCCACGUCGAAUGCGGAAACUCUUGAAUAAACCAACGUUCAAACACGUGACCACGUACACCGAGACUCUGGCCGCCGUAUCAUUGCAAAAGAGUGAGGUGCAUUUCUCCAAGCCUAUUUACGUGGGGUUUGCCGUCCUGGAAAUAAGCAAGGAGUUAAUGUACGACUACCAUUACAAUGUAAUGCGGCGGCAUUAUAACGAUUCGAUUAGACUGAUGUACAUGGAUACAGAUUCCCUGAUGUAUCGAGUGAACACCGGCGAUUUCUAUAAGGACCUGGUGGACAACCCCGCGCUCCUCGGACGGAUGGACACCUCGAAUCUCCCCGUCACUCACCCGUGCUACGUCGGUACGCGUAAGAAGAUCCCCGGAUUGUUCAAGGACGAGACGGCGGGCCGUACUAUGUACGAGUUCAUUGCACUCCGGGCUAAAUCUUACGUGUACAAAAUUGAGGGGGACGAAAAACUUGUUGCCAAGGGAAUUCGAGGACAUGUGGUCCGAAAUCACUUGACGUUCAAGGACCACAAGCGCUGUCUGUUCGAGGACGACGACGCUGGUGACGGUGACGAGAGCGAGGAGCUCGGCACGGAUGACGACGAUUUCGACGACGGUGACUUUGGCGACACGACAAUGAGUGGAAGGACGUGGAGAAGAGACGGCGAGGGCGCCUGA